CCUCUCUUCAAUUUUGAUCCAUUCCUGCAAUUAGUAUACGACUGGUUCAGGAUAUGGAUUAUACCCUUUUCCAGUUCCCCACCAUUGUGGUUGCUACCCUUGUAACUCUGCUCAUCUAUGUUUUCUCAAAGAAACUUAUCGGUUCCAGGCCGAAGAGCGGCGGUGUGCCUGAAGCUGGUGGCGCUUGGCCGGUUAUCGGCCACCUCCACCUCUUUAGCAGCAAGGAAAUACUUUACCGUACACUGUAUGCCUUGUCUCAAAAGUAUGGACCCGUGUUUAGUCUUAGACUAGGGUCCCAUAAAGCUUUGGUGGUGGGUAAUUCGGAAAUGGCUAAAGAGAUUUUAACCGUCCAUGACAAGGCUUUCGCUACCAGACCAAGCCUAUCUGCCUCCAAGUUACUCGGUUAUAACUAUGCCAUGUUCGGGUUCGCUCCUUACGGAUCGUACUGGCGUGAGAUGCGUAAGAUAACAACCCUCGAGCUUCUCUCCAACCACCGCCUCGACAUGUUCAACUUCAAGCAGAUACGAGCUUCGGAGGUGCAUAUUGGGAUUAAAGACUUGUACGAGACUUGGGCGACGAGAGGCGGCGGUAAUGAAAACGGUGUUUUGGUGGACAUGAAGCAAUGGUUUGCUGAUCUGACGCAUAAUAUGGCUUUCAGAAUUGUGGUGGGGAAAAGAUACUAUGGAGCUACCGCCCAUUCCGCCGAUGAAGGAGAGGCACGUCAAUGCCAGAAAUCCAUCAAAGAAUACUUUCACCUCUUUGGGGCGUUUGUGUUGUCUGAUGCAAUCCCGUUUCUUGGGUGGCUGGACGUCGGAGGACAUAAGAAAGGCAUGAAAAGGAUAGCUGAGGAAUUGGAUGUUUUCGUCCAAGGCUGGCUUGAUGAGCACAAAAAGAAGAGAUUGAGUAACGGUGAUAGAAAGGAAGAUCAAGAUUUCAUGGAUGUGAUGCUCACUGUCACUGAAGAUGCAAAGCUCAAUGGGUUCGACGUCGAUGCGGAUACCAUCACCAAGGCAACUUGUCUGAAUCUAAUUUUAGGUGCAGCAGACUCGAACAUGGUCCCUCUGAUUUGGGGUCUGGCUUUGCUUCUUAACAAUCCACAUACCAUGAAGAAGGCCAAAGAAGAGUUGGCUACAUAUGUUGGAAAAGACAGGCAUGUGGAGGAGUCUGAUAUCAAGAACCUGGUGUACCUACAAGCAGUCUUGAAGGAAACACUCCGGUUGUACCCACCGAGCCCUAUACUGGCGCUUCGAGCAGCCAUGGAGGACUGCACCCUGUCAAACGGUUACCAUGUAACUCCAGGCACGCGUUUGCUGUUAAAUGCUUGGCAGAUUCAGCACGACGAGCGAGUGUGGAGCAAUCCCAAUGAGUUCAAGCCCGAGAGGUUUUUGACAACACAUAAGGACCUUGAUUUAAAGGGUCAGAAUUUCGAACUCCUUCCGUUUGGUGCUGGACGUAGAGCAUGCUCCGGGGUCUCAUUGGCUCUUCAAGUGAUUCAUUUGUCACUGGCCAGCGUCUUGCAUUGCUUUGAAUUGGAAACGCCUGAUAAUAAACCCGUGGAUAUGACGGAGAGCCCCAGCUUGGCAAAUGUGAAGGCCACUCCUCUUCGUGUGCUCCUUAAGCCUCGUCUUAGCCCUGAGCUUUACAACCUUUAAUUUUUUUUUGUUCUUUUAUUACGUCAAUAACAAAUAGCAAGCCAUGAAGUAGGAUUGAAGUGCGGAGAAAUAAGCAGAAGUUGGAUUUUAUUUGGGAAAUCAGGGGUACUGAUUGUUGAAUAAAU